AUGCCCCCGCUGUCGAGCCCAAGCCCCCAUAACUCUCACCCCGACUCUAGUCUCAACGCGUCUUCUUCUCCAUCCUCUAUCACCGGCGCGGUGGCUCCAAAAAGGAAGAAGUAUGCUGCCCGAAAAGACAACAAGAUGGCGCAAGCCGAGCCAGAUACCCAGUUUAACAAGGGGAAUGCCCCUGACCUCCUUUUUGAGUCUUUCCCGUCAACACUUUUAAGAGAGCCCGCGUUGGUGAAUACCACGUCGCCCGUUCUAGAUGCUCUUACCUCGCUACCUCUGUCCCAACUGCAUGAUACCAACAUACGGACAGAUGAUUGGACUAAGUCCAUCCCUUUUGGUGGUACGCCGCCUCAAGAAGCUACGAGUAUUGGUGAAUCUCCACCUACUUUUAUCAUGCCGACAGAUAGAGGGGCGUUUGACCGAAGCGCCACUCCGGCUUCUCCUCCACGUAGCAGACAUCGACCCUUGAGUAUUGGAACCGAGCAUUCUGAGUCUCCAAGAUACCAGUCUCACGAUAGGCAGAAACGAAACUCCAUAAGUACCCAACAGCAGUGCUACCCUCCUCCACCCCAUCUUCCUCAGGCGCAUUUUUACUCUGCACCCGAUAUCGAUAUUCCUGGAAUUCCUCCAAUAGGCACAAGGGCGCAGGAGACACUUGGGUCUUCAUUUUGUGCAGUUGAUAAUAUUAUCUUUCAAAAACCUCGUCCUUCUGUGAAGAAAGUUCUCCUCGUCGGGCGGGAUGGAGCCUUAGAAGUCUUGUCACUUGACGGCGAACAGGCACGACUUCUUGGGGCUCUUCGAGGACUGAACGGUAGGGUACUGGAUGCAAAAAUACUAACUUGGACUUGUGGGGCUGAUCCCUUCCUCUUGCAUCGACCGCUUGUUGUGGCUACAAUAUUUGGUCCUGUCACUCCUGAUGACACGGAGCGGCCAGCUUCCGUUGUGCCUGAUAAUAUUUCUACUAGGCAAGAUGGCAAUCCAGGUCGAUCAGAUUUACCACAUAUGCAAACCCGCGUGCAAGUAUUCUCGCUUAGGUCGCAAAGUUUGCUUGCUACCCUUUUUGCAACCAAACCCGAGACAUGCUACAGUGCGUUUCCCGGGUCAUCUCCAUCGGUGCCUCCGCCUUCUGGAGAUUUGAGAUUGUUCACCAGUGGAAAUUAUAUUGUUGUUGCUUCCGGAACAAGCGGCGAAGUCUUGAUAUUUGGUGCUAGUAAAAACCAACGAAGUCCCUAUAGCUGUCUUGGAAAGACAUGGACCAAUGUUCGCGUAAGGGAUACACACAGGCACUCGGGGUCAUCCAAUUCAACUACCACCGACGAACUGUACUCCGAAUUCGGCUAUGACAUAGGAUUCUCGGAGACUCCAAUACUGUCGCUAAGUGGCCGAUGGCUUGCUGUUUCUCCACCGCCUUCGAGUCGAACAUCACUAGGAGGCACUAUCCGCUGUCACAUUCACCACAAAAGGAUAUAUGAGACAGAUGCUCAUAACCCACCAACUCGGCCAACUGUGACUUGUGUGGCAGACUAUGACAAUGGCAGUUUUUUAACUAAUCUCACAAGAGGUGUGACUCAGGAGAUCUUUCGAGGAGCGACAUGGACUGGAGGCCAGGUUGCGCAAACUUGGAAUAAUUAUUUCUAUAAGGACGCCCACCAUAGCCAAGAUAUGGCCUCGCGUCGAGGAGCACACAUGGAUCCGCCCCAUCCCAAUUUCUUCCCACCUACCCACUCUCAGGACACCGAAAAGCCCUCGGUAAAAUCACCUGAUUUGGUCUCCUUGAUUGAUUUGAAACGUCUGGAAGAAGGUGAAAAUGGUAAAGUCACAACGAUUAACCCAGUCGCGACAUUUCAGCCACCCAACGGAUGCGGCUUCGUCUCUUUGUCACCAAACGGUCUUAUGCUUCUGACCGUAAGCAGAAAGGGAGAUAUCCAGCACGUUUGGGAUCUUAUGCAGAUGCGGUUCUGUCGAUCAAAACUUGUUGUUACGGAUGAUAUAUCUCAAACUACUCCAUCUCUUCCAGCAUACGUUCGGGAGGUAGCAAGAUUUGACCGGCUAACAAUGACAAGUAUUCUUGAUGUGAAAUGGACAGAGCCCAUCGGAGAGCGCUUGGGAAUCGCCACGAAGAAUGGUACUAUUCACUUAUAUGAUAUCCCAAAAAGCGCUUAUCAAUGGCCACCGCUUCGGAGGGUUCAGCGUCACCAAAAGCCCAAUUCCGAUGAUUCAACAAAAGAGAAACUUGACGAUCCAUCGCCACGUGGAUAUGGUAUUUCUACUGCUGUUAAAGUAAUUGGUGACACGACUCAGCCCAUAUUGUCUGCCUUCAGGGGACGAGCACCGAGCGUUGGCGCCGCAUUUGCAACAGUGGGCAUAGGUUUCGCUACUUCUCGUGGAAGUAAAGUUAUUGUUUCGGGAUUGAGCAAGUCAGUGGGGGCAGCAGCUGAGACGAUGAAUGCUAUUAGGCAUUUCGGAGAGAACCGUUUGCACCUUCGUGCUUUUGCCAGAGAGGCCGCUCCGUGCCGCAUGGCCUGGCUUGGCGAUGACUGUGAGCCUUUGCUAGGAAUCGUUGAUGGCGAGUUCUUUCGGGUUUAUAAGAUUCGAGACGGGAAAAAGAAGCAAGAGCAAUCGGCGUUUGGGACUAAAGUACGGGAAGUACUUCUUCCCUCAUAUCUGCGUAUCCCGCCUGGGCCAAGCCAAACCCUACUUACAAUGAUAAACGUUGAAACUGCUGGACACUGGUCACCCCCUCCGAUAGUACCAUUGACAUUUCCUCCGACUGUGAAGUGUUCGCCCCUUUCUCAGGCAGAGAUUGAGACAAACGCCCCCUAUCAACCUUUCCACACAGACCGCCGAGUCAACCUUGAAAUUUUUACUGCGAAAUACCAGGACCAAGGCCCAGAUGCCGAUCCGUGGGUAUUUGGGAAAAGUACACCUUCCAGGAAACUCCUGCUUCAAGCUAAUAAGAAUACCACUGAUCCUUCAAACCUAUGCGAAAAUGGAAUGGAAAACCACAUAAACCUAGGUAGAAGAAAUGGCACCGUCGAAUAUGCAGUAUUGACCACUCGACAAAAGAAAAGAACUGGCUCUGGAGACGCCUAUGGUACUUCUGAAGGCAACGAGGAAGGCUUCUUUGAGGACGAUUGUGAUAUACUUGACUUCGCGGCCGAUCGGGUUUGA